AUGUUUGACCAUCAUCUUUGGAAUCUCUACAUUCUCAAUCCUUUGACGUUAGAGAGGAUUGAUCUACCACGUCCACGCUCUAUCUUUUCUGAAAGAUUCAAACCAAACCUCAGAUACAAUCCGUCUUGUCUCUGGAUAGACGACAUAACCAAAGAUUACCUAGUUUUUUGGGGCACGGAUUACUACGUGUUUUUUACCAAGAAAGGCAAUGACACGUGGCGAAUCGUUAACCAUGAAUUGUAUGGACAAAUUGUCUACAACCACAAAGAUGAGAAGGUCUACACUUAUGCUUCCUUUGGUCAAGUCUAUGUUUGGGAUUUCUCUGGUGAUAUCCCUCUCCUAGAUGGGUAUCCACCCCAUCAUGAUAUCUAUAAUGCUUUCAAUGCCAAGCAUUCUUCCUCAGAGGACACACUCUGUUGGUAUUUGACUUCUAACUUCGAUGAAUGCAUUGCAACCACGGUAUCUGGACAAGUUCUGCAGGUAUGCUAUUCCCUGCAAGACCCCAAAUAUCAGUUUUAUAUCUACAAGUCAGAUCCUCUCAGGCAGAAGAAAUGGGUACAAGUCGAUUCUUUAGGUGAUGAGGCUUUGAUUUUGGGCAUGGGUUUCACUGUCAUUGCCAACGAUAUCCCGGGGAUUAAGAGAAACUCCAUUUAUGUCAGUGGCUAUGACUAUGCUAGAGAUGAUCCUAACCAUAUAUUUGUCUAUGAUCUCACCACCCGAACCGUGGAACCUUUGCCACAAUGCAUUUUCUCCUCCAUACGCUUCUCUGAUGCUCGAUGGUUCUUCCCGGAUCUCACCCUUUAA